AGUGUGCUAUGACAGUUACAUGGAGCAGCGACACUUUAUCUACCGAAAUUUGUUAAAUAACUAAACUUCCUUUACAGGCACAAAAGUAGCAGCCGUGAUCGUUCACGCAAAACACAAAAGACCAGCAACAAAAAAAGACAGUAGCAAGAAUCAGUAUAUAAUGAAAAGGGACGCUCGGGCAGAUAAGCAAAGGUAAACGUGCAAGUCGACCGUUGUUUUUCUUUAACCGUGUGUAUGGUGUUCCUUUGUGUUCUCUCCCUCUCGUUCCUUUGUACCGAGUGUACCUAUCAUACUUAGUAUUCCCUUCUUUUAUUGUUUUAACUUCCUGACAACAUCCCUACUGACGGUGUUGGCUUCUACCGCUUUGUCUCUUCGGUGUUUUUUCAUCGUUUGAGGCGUACUGUACUGCAACUUAACCGAAAAAAGAGACAACGUUUUGCGAAUAUCUCCAAAUAGCGUUGACAAGGGAAACUGUUCACCUUUUGUUUUGCUGUGUGACCUUCUGCGACGGCACCGGCAGCAGCGUGAACCAUGUCCUUCUCCGUAAAAGGCGGGAGCUUUUCCUCCUCCCACCCCAGCCCAGGCCUGCACCCGUACGUGUCGCCUUCGCUGCUGCCGCAACAGCAUGGCCAACAGGCGCCGCCGUCCUUCUCGCUGGGCGAUGAGCAAUACAUUGGUGUGCCGAAGCGCAUCGGGGUGGACCCCACCAAGUACAAAACAACAAUUUGCCGCAACUGGGAGCAGACGGGUGCGUGCAACUUUCGUGGCUGCACCUUCGCGCACGGUGUCGAGGAGCUGCGGGCCCCGCUGCGGCCCGACGGACACACACCGAUUCUCCGACCGCAGCACAUUUCGCCCGGCGGCACCCCUCCGCUGCGCGCGGCCCAGCCGCCCCCACCGCCGCCCUCGGGUGGGCACUACACACUGGAACAGCUGCUCGACAUGCUCUACAAGGAGGUGCUCCACCAACGCGAGCUCGUCACGGUGCAUGUGGAGGCGAACACGACGCUCGAAGGGAUGCUGCGCCGGGAGCACGCCCAUCACGAGGAGGCGCGGCGGCAGCUCAGCGAACGCACACAGCAGUGCGACUUACUCGCGCGUGAGUUGCUGGCGCGCAAUCUGCAGCUGCGCAAGGCUGCGGACACAUCGCCUGAAAUUAAAGCGCUGCUCGAUCAGUGGGAGACGCAACUCGCCAGCUUCACCGAAAUAGAUGUGCGGAAGGACGAUCUGCUCUUCACCACCACGGCAACGUCGUCCACAGACGACGGCGAGGACGCCGGCAAGGAGUACGAGAACGCUCGCAUAGAAGAGCUACUUCGCGCUCUCCAGCGUUGA